CUUUUAUCUGACGUCAUGACAGCUGAAUCAGCUGCGAGCCUUCAGUUUGCAAAGAGCCUUUUUUGCCGCCCCGACGCUGCUCUGACAACGGGAAUAUAUGAGAUUUUCCAUAAACCCUGAAAUGGCUACACAGGAGGUACAACCGAAUGAGACUCUSACUAACCUAAAAGCAGAAUCGGAUACGUUGAAAACGAAGCUUGAGGACGAAAGAGCGAAACUACACGAUGUCGAACCUGCAUGGACUGGUGUAAGGACAAGAGGAGGAUCGUCAGCUCAUCACAGGAUGGAAAAGUGAUUGUAUGGGAUGCCUUCACCACUAACAAGGAGCACGCAGUGACCAUGCCGUGCACCUGGGUGAUGGCCUGUGCCUACGCCCCCUCUGGAUGUGCAGUAGCCUGUGGUGGUCUGGACAACAAGUGCUCUGUGUACCCUCUGUCCUUGGACAAGAAUGAGAACCUGGCAGCGAAGAAGAAGUCUGUCGCCAUGCACACCAACUACUUAUCUGCCUGUAGCUUCACCAACUCAGACAUGCAGAUCCUGACCUCGAGCGGAGACGGAACCUGUGCAUUAUGGGAUGUGGAGAGUGGUCAGCUGUUACAGAGUUUCCAUGGACACGCCGCCGAUGUUCUAUGUCUCGACCUAGCUCCUUCUGAGACCGGCAACACCUUCGUCUCUGGAGGCUGUGACAAGAAGGCCAAUGUAUGGGACAUGCGCUCAGGCCAGUGCAUCCAGUCCUUCGAAACCCACGAAUCAGACAUCAACAGCGUCAGGUACUACCCCAGUGGAGAUGCAUUUGCUUCAGGCUCCGAUGAUGCUACAUGUCGUCUCUAUGACCUGAGGGCAGACAGAGAAGUGGCCAUUUAUUCCAAAGAGAGCAUCAUAUUUGGUGCCUCCAGUGUUGACUUCUCUCUCAGUGGCCGGCUACUGUUCGGUGGCUACAACGACUACACCAUCAACGUGUGGGAUGUCUUGAAGGGGACGAGGGUGUCCAUCCUGUUUGGACAUGAGAACCGUGUCAGCACUCUGCGUCUGUCUCCUGACGGAACGGCCUUCUGCUCAGGGUCAUGGGACCACACUCUCAGGAUCUGGGCUUAAAGAAGAGGAAAAUGACACAGAAGAGGGGGGGGGGGAACGGUGAAAAGUGAAUUCCGUGGUAGAUAGAUGGAGCCAGUUGUAAAUAAGAGACAGACAUGUUCCACUCUGCUUGAGUACAAUCAUAGACGUCAUAAACUAUGGCGACAAGAUUUUCAAUGCGAAUAUUCUAAAAUCCGCAUGAAGAAAAUAUACCCAUUUUCCCCACCAGUGGGGUUUCCACCAAAUUGACUUGUUGUGGAUAAAAAAAAAUUAGUGCGUGAUGACGUAGUGCACACUAUGUACUUUUUAGUUUAA